AUGAAGAAGAAGGUUCUAUUAAUGGGCAAAAGUGGGUCUGGAAAGACCUCUAUGCGAAGUAUUAUCUUUUCAAAUUAUAUUGCUCGAGAUACCAGGCGCUUAGGGGCAACAAUUGACGUAGAACACUCGCACGUUCGCUUCCUUGGUAACCUAGUUCUAAACCUUUGGGACUGUGGUGGACAGGAAGCAUUCAUGGAAAAUUAUUUUGCCGCGCAAAGGGAUCACAUCUUUCGAAAUGUUGAAGUAUUAAUCUACGUGUUUGAUGUAGAAUCGCGAGAGAUCGAAAGAGAUAUGCAUUAUUAUCAAGAUUGUCUUGAAGCGAUCUUGGCGAAUUCAAAGGACGCAAAGAUCUUUUGUUUGAUACAUAAAAUGGAUUUAGUACAGGAAGAAGUUCGAGCAAAUAUAUUCAAUGAACGAUACAACGAGUUAAAAACCAGAUCGGAACCACUGAAAAUAUCAGCGUUUGCCACUUCUAUAUGGGAUGAGACAUUAUACAAGGCUUGGUCAUCAAUAGUGUAUUCAUUAAUUCCAAACGUGCGAUUGCUCGAAACUCAUUUGCAAAAUUUUGCAACAAUAUGUGAAGCGGAUGAGGUGGUAUUAUUUGAGCGAACCACAUUCUUGGUGAUAUCUCAUUCCACGAGAAUCGAGCAUCCGGAUAUACAUCGAUUCUCGAAAAUCAGCAAUUAUAUUAAACAGUUUAAAUUGAGUUGUAGCAAAUCACAAGCUCAGUUUAAAAGCAUGGAAAUACGUCAAGCGAAUUUUGCCGCGUUUUUUGAUAUAUUGACUGCUAAUACGUAUGUCAUGGUUAUAAUGUCUGAUCCUACUGUCGAAUCUGCUGCCACACAAAUGAAUAUAACAGUAGCACGAAAACAUUUCGAAAAAUUAGAAACGUCCCAUAUGACACGAUAA